AUGUCGCACAACUCACGCUCGCAUUUCCCCUCUUCUGAAGCCCAAGCGCGUCUACAAUGAGGGAGAGGUAUAUGUCCCUGUCUCCUGCUUUUUUUUUUUUUUUUCUCAUUCAUUGAGUUACUACCCUCUCGUCCUUCACGCCAAAAAUGGUAAAUAAGCAGAAGAAAAAGAAGCUUAAUAAAAUUGCGGUGGAGACAAGCGAGCCCGCAGUGUCUAGGGAGGUUCUUGAGAGAGCGCCUGAGGUCCCUGAGGACCCUGGCGAGGAGCUUCCAGAAAUUGAUUACAAUCAACCGUCUUCUUCCCCUUAUGAAAUACCGAUAGUGACUAUCACAAUCGGAAACAAGUCCUACGGUAUUCCAGAGUAUUAUUUUCGCAAGGUUCCUCGGCUAUCAAAUAAAUUGUCUACUUGGGACUCAUACAUCACGCUCUCGGACGUUCACGAGGAUAUUGGCCAUACCAUUGUGCAUUUUCUGUAUUCGGGCUCCUACGAGACGAUAAUCUCGCCACUUGAUCGAGGUGUGGACCGUAUUGCAAGAGAAUAUCGAAGAAGCGUUCUCGUAUACGAAGCAGCCAGGACUUACGAUAUCUUCGAUCUUGAGGCCCUUGCUAGAAGGUAUAUCGAGCAUUUUGGCGAGGCUUUGUCUUUGUUCGAUGUUCUGCGGACAGCCAAGGAGGUAUUCUCAGCCCUUCCAGACGAUGAGAGUUGGCUUCCCCAUUAUAUCAAACAGAAACUGGAGCAGUCCUUCCUGGUUGAUAAGUCUAUCUUCACUGACGAUGAGUUCUUUGGCAUAUUGGGGGAAGAUCGUUACUUUAGUAACGCUAUUUUCAAGAUGAUUCUUGAAAUAUACUCCACUCGUCUGCAGCUCUUAGAGAGCCGGCCUGCCCACAAGAGCUCAACUAAUGGAUAUCCGGACAUGGGGCAGGCUGGUUCAGAAUCCCCAGCAAUGAAGCAUGACGAUCAAGAAUAUCCUGAAUCGUACGAUGUACCGAAUGAAGCUCCAUCCGAAGAAGCUCCUGCGGAUAAUUACCCUCCAGAUGAGCCAUAUCCGGUCGAGUAUUACCCAGAGCCGGAAGAGGCGUCACCAGAGCCACCUUCUUUUGGUGAUCACUCACCAGAGCUCGUGCCACCUGAGCCAUACCCUGAAGAAUAUACGCCGAAAUCUCUAGCUGAAGGGUCUCUAUAUCCACCUAGGCCGCGUUCUGUUGAUGAUUAUUCCGACGAACCUGUACCCGAACCAUGUCCUGUCGAGGCUUACGCGCCAGAGCCCACGCCGUGUGAGCCGUACCCAGAAGAAUGCACGCCGGAAGCUCCAGCUGAAGAGCCUCCAUCUCCUCCUGAGGAAAACGCUGUCAGGACGUCGACUGCCGCAAACUUGAUGACAAACAUCAGCCUGUAUAACGAUUGGGAAACCCUUUCAAAGAAGGAACAACUCAAAAGGCGAAAAGCACUCAGGAAGAUGGGUCUUCCGGUUCCUACAUAGCGCUCGCAGCUUGAGUUAUAGUCCGAGGCAUAGUAUAGGACGAAUUGAAAUUGACAUCUGAGUAAACAAUCUCCAUGAGAGCUG